CGGGGGGCGGGGGGGACGACGACGACACUUAAAUAAAAUGUGCUGAGUUGAGGACAAAGUCUGGGAGGCCUGAUUCUGUUCCAGUAGGCUCCAAAAACAAAGCAAGUACUUCUUCGGCUGAAGGGACUCAUUGCCACAAGAUGUGAUGAGAUGGUCACUGGCUUAGAUGGCUUUUUAAAAGGGCGUGGAGGGAGAGGUCUAAGAGCAGUAAACAGCCAAGCUAGCAAAGCAGAACCUCCCAUAUACAGGGUUUUCUGGGGCCGCUCCUCUUCUUUGGAACACUCUCCUCACCCCCCAUCCCCAGAUUCGUUCAGCCUCCUCCCUGGCUGUUUUUAAGGCCUUUCUUAAGACCCACCUGGUUUGCCAGCCAUUUGCCCUUUAAUUAUUAUUAUUAUAUAUUGCUUGAUUACAUUAAAUAUUAUUGGUAUUGUUGUUGUUGUUUACCGCCUAGAGUCUUUGGAGGAGGCAGUUUAUGAGAAAAUCUUAAUAAAUAAAUGUGCAGCUCAGUGUAUCUGAAUCCCAGAUGCUGUGGCUAGACCACAGGAAGGUCUAUCCUCAGCACCUGGGAUUCAGCAUCAGGGAGGAGAGCUGGUCUUGUGACUUGUCCCUUAGCACAGAAGAGCAGAAGAAGGUCCCAAGUUCCCUCCCUGGCAGCAUCUCCAAGAGAGGGCUGGGAGAGAGACCCCUGCCUGCCACCUUGGAGAAGCCGCUGCCAGUCUGGGUAGACAAUACUGAGUGAGAUGGACCAAGGGUCUGACUCAGUAAAUGGCAGGUUCCUAAGGGACAGUUCAUGCCCAGCUUUUGGACUGGCUUUUGGAAACAGGAUGCUGGACUAAAUGGACCUUUGCAGCAGAACUUUUGUGUGUGUCUCUCUCUGGAUUCCUUUUAUUUAUUUAUUGGCCUUCUGCUGUCUCUAGGGCUCGCCAUGGCUGGGCUUAAGACAGCCACGGGAGAAUAUAUUGAUGAUUCCUGGGAGCUGAGUGUCUUCGUGGAGGAGCUGGGACCCGAGGCUGAACCGGUCAAGCUCCGAGUAACCGGCAACAUACACAUUGGAGGGAUCAUGUUGCAGAUUGUGGAUAAGUUAAAGCUGCAGAAGGACUGGUCAGACCACGCUCUGUGGUGGGAGCAGAAAAAAAUGUGGCUGCUGAAAACCAACUGGAGCCUGGACAAAUAUGGGAUCUUGGCCGACGCCAAACUCCGGUACACCCCGCAACACAAGCCGGUGCUUCUCUCCUUGCCGAAUCGCUGCACGGUUCGCGUCCGGGCUAACUUUGCCCAGCCGGUCUUCCGCACGGUGGUCGACCUCUGCAAACUCCUGGCCAUCCGUCAUCCCGAAGAGCUGUCGUUGCUGCGCGCCCCUGAGGAGAAGGACAAGCGGAAGCAGAAAGAGAAAGAGAGGAACACGGCGGAGACCUACGACCUGGCCGGAGUGCGCUUACCAGCAAGCGCAGAGCAACAGCUGUUCCGCGGGAUGCCGGCUCAUUUCUCGGACAGCGCCGGCACCGAGGCCUGUUACAAGAUGUUGGCGGUCAGUCAGACUGGACUGACGCCUGAACAGAUCAUGCACACGCACCGGCCGGGGUCCCUCGUUGAGAAGACGCAGAUCAACAGCAGGUGGCUGGAUUCCUCGCGGACUUUGCUGCAGCAAGAAGUGAAGGAAAACGCAUGUCUGUGGCUGCGCUUCAAGUACUACUGCUUCCUUGACCUGGAACCCAAGUACGAUGCCGUGAGGAUCAACCAGCUCUACGAACAGGCGCGCUGGGCCGUCUUGCUGGAGGAGACCGACUGCACCGAGGAAGAGAUGGUGGUGUUUGCGGCUCUGCAGUACCGAAUCAAUGAACUGUCCUUGAACACCAACCCCGUGGACCAGUCGGGAGAUUCUGGCCUCGACGACUUGGACAAGGCCCUUGCCACCCUGGAGGUCAAGCUGGAAGGGUCGUCGUCCACCCCAAAUGUUCUGGACAGUCUAACAGCUAUCCCGGAGUUGAAGGAUUACCUCCGAAUAUUCCGGCCCCGCAAGCUGACGCUGAAGGGUUACAAGCAGUUCUGGGUGGUCUUCAAAGAGACCUCCCUCUCUUACUACAAGAGCCCCGAGGAAGCGCUGGGAGAACCCGUGCAACAGCUCAGCCUCAAAGGCUGCGAGGUUGUGCCCGAUGUCAACAUCUCUGGGCAGAAGUUCUGCAUCAAGCUCCUGGUCCCUUCGCCGGAAGGGAUGAGUGAGAUCCAUCUGCGCUGCACAGACGAGCAGCAGUACGCCCGUUGGAUGGCCGGGUGCAGGCUGGCGGCGAAGGGCAAGACCAUGGCCGACGCCUCGUACCAGGCGGAGGUGGAGAAUAUCCUGUCCUUCCUGAAACUGCAGCGGACCAACCCGGACGCACCCCUUGCUCCCGAGGCCGAAGGGACCCAGUGGCUGGUCUCUCCCCGCUACCAGAAGAAAUUUAAACCCAAGCAGUUAACUCCACGCAUCCUGGAGGCCUAUCAGAAUAUAGCCCAGCUCUCUCUCUCAGAUGCCAAAAUGAAGUUUAUACAAGCCUGGCAGUCACUCCCUGAUUUCGGCAUCUCUUACUUCGUGGUCAGAUUCAAAGGGAGCCGGAAGGAUGAAAUCUUGGGCAUCGCCAACAACCGCUUGAUCCGCAUUGACUUGGCGGUUGGCGAUGUGGUGAAGACGUGGCGGUAUAGCAACAUGCGCCAAUGGAACGUCAACUGGGACAUCCGGCAGGUGGCCAUUGAGUUCGACGAGCACAUCAACGUGGCCUUCAGCUGCAGUUCUGCCGGCUGCAAGACGGUGCACGAAUACAUCGGCGGCUACAUCUUCCUCUCCACCCGCACGGUCGACCGAGGGCAGACGCUGAACGAGGAGCUCUUCCACAAGCUGACGGGGGGCCAUGAAGCCCUCUGAAGCCCCCCCAGCGCAGCCGCCCUCUUCUCCGUGGGAGCAGAUGCACAGGGCCUGCCUGCCCGGGGAGCUGUCCAGGCAACGCCAACGGGCACGGGCAGGGACCCCCAGCUGAGUCUGGCAGAGCUUGGAAGAGGGAAAUGAGAGAGGGGCAGGAAGCAUGCUAGGAGAGAGAGAAGCCUUCAAGGCAGCCCAGCGGGAGGGAGGGACGAGAGGACAACUGCAGUUGUCUUGGCACUGGAGGAAGGGAGGCUCUGUUACUUUCCUGCCUGCUUUGGGGAACAGCCCUGGCAUUAUUUGUCCAUGAUAUGCUGCCGCCUCUUCCUGGAAGGGAUACAAGCCCCCCCCCGACCUUAGUCUGACUUCCAGGGAUCAUGGUCAAGUUGGCAGAAGUAAAGUGGGGGGGCGGGGGGGGAUCACUCGAAUUGUAUUUUAACACAGUGGAAUUUUACUCUGUUUUACUGAAGCGGGGGGAUUUAUAUUUGCUUGCUUGUUUACUGGCCUCAAAUACAAUAAAUGACACUUUUAUUUUCCUUGUAAA